AAUCAGCAUCAGGUCCAUAUAGCACGCCAAGUUUGUACUCGAUCUCUCGAAUCCCGUUUACUCAAGAUCGAGCAUGCGGCCACUUCAUCGCACCAUGACUCGAUACUCCAAAAAGAACUAGAGUUCUGUCACAGCAUGUACAUCAAGGCAACGCUCCUUUGCUUGUACCGCCGCGUGGACGAGCUGCCAAAAUCGCAUCCCAAGGUACAACUAGCGGUUGAAUCUAUGAUUGACACAGUCCAGAAAUUAGACAUGUACUCUCGUACCAACAUACAGUUGUUAUGGCCACUGCUCACGGCUGGAUGCGAAGCCAUGACCGACUUCCAACGCUCCGUCGUCGCGGACAGGAUGACGGCCCUGAGUACCCAUGGCCAUGGGAACUACAGCAAGGUCCUUCAGUUUAUGAAGGAAUACUGGGAAAACGGAGGUGGCACUCGGUGGGACGUGUUUGGCCAACGAAUUGGACUGGAUCUGGUCUUGUUUUAAAGCUACAUUGCUCAAGUGCACUGGUGCAAGAUGUUUACGUCCUGGGACCAAUCAAUCUUUUCUUGAUCAAAUCAUUACGGAAUGCCUUUG